AUGGCUGCCUCUGCACCGGGCGCGGGAUUCCACCCCCACCUUCCUGGCUUCAAACACAAGUUCCUGGGCACGCUGCUCGGCGGCUCAAUGUGGUUCUUUAUAUUCUACCGCGCGAGGAAGGAUGGCUCGAAACUGCUGGGCGGUCAUCCAUGGGAGCACCACGGACAUGGACACGAGGAGCACGAUGGCCACCAUUAA